AUGUUCGAUUCCGAUUUUAGAAAUAAACGUCCAAAACCACUGUGUAAUCUAAAUCCAAAUUUAGAAUGGGAUACGGUAGCAAAUUGUGAAAGUCAUCAACAUUUUCAAUGUUCGCAUGUUAUAUUUGAUUUAGAUAAUACGCUGCUUUAUACGGAUCAUCUUUACGAGAAUAUUAUCAAUAAUGUAUUAAAAGAAUUGGAUUGUAGCUAUCGUUUAGAUGCCAAAGCGAAUUUAGAACGGCGUGGUCUUUAUGGCUUUGAUUUAGCAGAAUAUUUAAUUGAUAAAUAUAAGAUGCCAAUUGUUAAAGAGGAUAUCCGAAAUGAAAUUAUACAAUAUUAUAGGCAUUAUUUGAGUAAAUGUACUAUGUGUCCAGGAGCUGACAAAUUAGUAAAUUACUUUUCUCGAAAUGGGAUACCAAUGGCAAUAGCAACAACGACCUCAGAUCUAGCGUUUCGACAUAUGGUUGUCAAUCAUAUGGAAUUAAUAAAAAAAUUCGAACAUAUCCUAUUAAGUAAUUCGGAUCGUAUGCCACGGCGUGGUACUCCGCAUCCACAAAUGUAUAUCGUAUGUGCUGCACGAUUUUUUCAGCGACCGUCAUCAUGUAGUUGUGUAGUAUUCGACGAUUCAAUUUAUGGUAUCCGUGCUGCAACUAAAAUUGGAAUGAAAACCGUUUUUAUAGCAAGUGACCCAAAUACACCAUAUUCAUGGAGGAAUGAAGCAAAUCAAACUAUAGAUAAACUAGAUGAUUUUAAUCCGGAUAUGUUUGGAUUUCCUCCACUAUACAAGUAAACUGCAAACUUUAAACAUCCAGUGACGGAUCCACAAGGAAGAAGUCGCCUGAGAACGUCAAAAAGAUUCUCCUAAAU